CCCCCUCGCAGCUCGCAGGCUGGAGCGGAGAUUCCGGCGCGCCCAGGCAGAGCGGGGAGCUGACCAGCACAGACAUGCCGGUGCUGUCGGAGGACUCUGGCUUACAUGAAACCCUGGCGCUGCUGACCUCUCAACUCAGACCUGACUCCAACCACAAGGAGGAGAUGGGCUUCCUGCAGGACGUUUUCAGUGAGAAAAGCCUCGGUUACUUAAUGAAGAUUCACGACAAGCUGCGCUAUUACGAGAGGCAGAGUCCGACCCCUGUUCUGCACAGCGCUGUGGCCCUCGCCGAGGAUGUGAUGGAGGAGCUGCAGGCCGCCUCUGUGCACAGCGAUGAGAGGGAGCUGCUCCAGCUGCUGUCCACCCCCCACCUCAGGGCCAUGCUCGUGGUGCAUGACACGGUUGCCCAGAAGAACUUUGACCCUGUUCUCCCCCCUCUGCCUGAUAAUAUCGAGGAGGAUUUCGAUGAGGAAUCAGUGAAGAUCGUCCGCCUGGUGAAGAACAAGGAACCCCUGGGUGCCACCAUCCGACGGGAUGAGCACUCAGGCGCUGUCGUGGUGGCCAGGAUCAUGCGAGGCGGCGCAGCAGACCGCAGUGGCCUGGUCCAUGUUGGGGACGAGCUCCGGGAAGUGAACGGGAUCACGGUCCUGCACAAGCGGCCAGACGAGAUCAGCCAGAUUCUGGCUCAGUCCCAGGGGUCCAUCACCCUGAAAAUCAUCCCAGCCACCCAGGAGGAGGACCGUUUAAGGGAGAGCAAGGUGUUCAUGCGAGCCCUCUUCCACUACAACCCACGGGAGGACCGGGCGAUUCCCUGCCAGGAGGCGGGCCUGCCCUUCCAGCGCAGACAGGUCCUGGAGGUGGUGAGCCAGGACGACCCCACGUGGUGGCAGGCCAAGCGGGUAGGGGACACCAACCUUCGAGCUGGCCUCAUCCCCUCCAAGCAGUUCCAGGAAAGGCGGCUGAGCCACCGGAGAGCCACGGGAGCCCUGCCGAGCCCCCAGAGCCUCAGGAAGCCCCCCUAUGAUCAGCCUUGUGACAAAGAGACCUGUGACUGUGAGGGGUCCCUCAGAGGGUACUACGUGGCUGGUCUUCGGAGGAGCUUCCGGCUGGGCCGCAGGGAGAGACUGGGAAGCCCGCAGGAAGGAAGGGCGUCCGUAGCAGCUGAGUCUCCGGAGCUGCUGACCUACGAGGAGGUGACCAGGUACCAGCACCAGCCCAGUAAGCGGCCCCGCCUGGUGGUUCUGAUCGGGUCCCUGGGAGCCCGGCUGCACGAGCUGAAGCAGAAGGUGGUGGCAGAGAACCCGCAGCACUUCGGCGUUGCUGUUCCACAUACCACCAGGCCCCGAAGGAGCCAUGAGAAGGAGGGCGUGGAAUAUCACUUUGUCUCUAAGCAAGCAUUUGAGGCCGACGUACAUCACAACAAGUUCCUGGAGCAUGGUGAAUAUAAGGAGAAUCUUUAUGGAACCAGCCUGGAGGCCAUUCAGGCUGUGAUGGCCAAAAACAAAGUUUGCUUGGUGGACGUGGAGCCGGAUGCACUGAGACAACUGAGGACCUCAGAGUUCAAGCCCUAUGUCAUAUUUGUAAAGCCUGCCAUUCAGGAAAAGAGGAAGACGUCCCCCGUGUCCCCAGCUUGUGAGGACACAGCAGCCCCACUGGAUGAGGAGCAGCAAGAGAUGUCUGCCUCUGCCGCCUUCAUAGACCAGCAUUACGGGCACCUGGUGGACGCCGUGCUGGUAAAGGAGGAUCUCCAGAGUGCAUACGGCCAGCUCAGAGUGCUCUUAGAGAAGCUGGGCAAGGACGCUCACUGGGUUCCUAUUAGCUGGGUCAGGUAACUGGGUCCUAGAACAUCCAGGCGGGAGAGGACCUGGGAGACCGCCUAGUCCCGCCCCGCUACCACCAAGAAAUCGCAAGUGUACGGAGGGGCAGACUUUUCCAUGAACUCCGUCACUAGGAAGAGUAGAUGUGGGAAGUCCUGUUUCGUUUUGGUUUUUCUGUCGUUUUCCACUACCCCCCUCUGGGAGCAGAAAACAUGGAAAGGGGGAUGUCACAGAAUCACACAUUUCCUUCAUUAAAGGAUCGCAGGCGAGUUGACCCUGACCGUUUGUACCAAAGUCAAGUAGCCACUGUCUUUUCAGGGUGGGGGCGGCGAG